GCUGGACCAUCUCAUGUGGAAGAGAUGAAGCUGAAACUGCAACCAUCUGUCAAACAUGUUUCUGCAUCUCACAGCCAAAGUUCUCCUAAAUAUGGUACAUCUAGGAAUACACAGUGUACAGCUAACAGUCAGGUGUUUUUGGCAUUUCUGUAUGAAAAUGAGAACAUUACCAGAGCAGAUCUUGACCAUGUUUUAGAUAAAGGUGAUGCGGUGUACAGACAGGUCAGACAAAGGUUUCCAACCAGUGUUUAUCUGGCCACUGAUGAGUUACCAGAGGUAGUACCUGCACGUAGAUCUACAUAUAAUGUGAACAUGACUCUACCUGCCAUUUAUGGAUCAUUUCUAGGAGGAAACAACCUUCCCAGCCUUGAAGAAGGACUCAGCCACCUGUCUUCUGAUGUCCAGUAUGCUCUGCUGAUCAUGUCAGGUUUGACUGUUGCAGUUUUCCGAUGUAAAUCACAUGAUGGCUACGACUACGGCUUCUUUGAUCCUCAUUCCCGCACUGCUGAAGGUUUACCAUCUGCUUUAGAGUCUGGUACUGCUGUAAUGUUGAAAUUCACACGCCUGACUGACAUGAUUGACAGGAUCAAACUCUGCCACUCCAAGUUUGACACCCAACCUUCCACCCUGUAUGAGCUGAAGCCCGUCGAGUUUUCCAGUGUGAACACAGACAACAACCGAAACGUGUCGGACUGCAGACCAACUGUUUCUGAGUCACACGGAGCUGCUGAUGGGUCAACCUCACAUCCAGCUGCUGAUCAGCCUCUGAACAUCUCUCCACACAUGUCCACAUCUGAUGUCCUCAUGGAAGAAGCAUCUGCUGGUAAUAUCACCUCAACUGUGCAGCAGGUAGGGCUCAUGAUGUCUGAGACCACAACUGAACAUGAACCUUCAGGUGAAUCUACUUCAUCACAUGAUGUUUCUGUCACUGACAAAAAUCUUGACACUGAUGUCAUCCAAACCACUGCUGGAGAUCUUCCUGAUGCUGGACUUACAGAAACCUCCAUUAAUUUUUCAAGGCUUACUAAGUCAGAAAGACGAAAAAUGAGGAGAAGAUUAAUAAACUCACAGAAAAAAGGCCAGAAACAGGAGAAUAAAAAUAGUAAAGAAAGACAAAGAUAUAAAAAUAAUCCUACUUUCAGAAAAAAGAAAACUCUGCAGAGUCAAAAGAAUUAUUCUGAGAACAGCCAACUUCGAGAAAAAAAGAAACGGAAUAUGAAGGCUUAUAAUAAGAACUGUACUAUUAAAAACGUAGACUUUCAACAAAAAAGAAAACUGUACAUCAGAGAUCGUUACAGGCAAAGCGAACAAUUCAGACAGAAACAAAAAACAUAUAUAACAAAGCUUUACAGACAAAAUGAAGAGUUCAGAGGGAAACAGAAAAUGUAUAUAAGAAACCGUUACAGGCUAAAUGAAGAGUUCAGAGGGAAACAGAAAAUGUAUAUAAGAAACCGUUACAGGCUAAAUGAAGAGUUCAGACAGAGACAAAGAUUUUACAUGAAGCAUAGAUCUCAUCAAUGUUAUGAAAAUGACAGAGUUUUCCGUUUGAGGCACAGACAGUUUAUGAAACAGAUGAUGAGAGACAGAUACAGAAGUAACAAUGCAUUUAGACGGAUGCACAACCUCAGAUGUGCCAUGAUAAUAAGAAAAAAGUACAGACAGAUGAAGAGACCUACACAGACUGUAGAAACAGAGACGGACAAUAGUUUGAUUAAAAAUGCCAUUUCUGUCUUCAGGUCCAACAUUCAAGCCGGACCCUCUUAUGUUUGCACUGUGUGUCAUAAAGCCUCGUUUCCAAACCAGGUCCUAGUCUGCAGAAGGUCCAGUUAUGUAACCAACACAGCAGUCAUUGAACCGUGCCUGACAGGUAAAUAUGUCCACGUGUGUGAUGGUUCUUGCAGAGACCAACCAUGUUUAGUUCCUAGUGAGAGACGAAAGGAGUGGAUUUGUCACACGUGUCACAGUUAUGUCAAAAAAGGUGCUGUACCAGCUCUAGCUGCUGUCAACAACCUAGAACUGACAGAGAUUCCUGAUGAAUUGAAAGACCUGAACAUCCUGGAGAGACAUCUGAUCUCUAAGUGUAUUCCUUUUGCUAAAAUAAUUCCUCUUCCUAAAGGCAGACAAAGACUGAUUCGUGGCAAUGUAGUGUGUGUUCCCUCACAGGUGCAGGAAACAGUGGAAGCUUUACCCAGACUAAGAAACGAGUCUCAGGUGAUGAGAGUGAAACUGAAGAGACGCUUGUGUUACAAAGGUCAUCAGCUGUUCCAGACGGUAACUUGGUCUAAACUUGUACGAGCGCUGCUCAAACUAAAACGUAUACACCCACAAUACCAGGACAUAACUAUCAGAGAUGAAGCUGAACUCUGUGACCCCACACUUCCUGAUGAGGAUGAUGAUGAGGAGGAGGAUGAUAGGAUGGAUGAUGGUGAUUAUGAUGAAGCAGAUUUAAUGGAGAUAGACAUGUGUGAGAAAAGUGCACUGUGUGAGUCUGAACAUGUAGUUGAGAGGUUAUGUGAUGGUGAUGAACCAACAGAGCAGCAGAGGAAUGAUGAAGAAGAGAAUGAGCUGCCAAACGGAGGCUUUGCUUUGGAAUCCUGUUUGCAGGUGCCAGACAUUUCAGAAGAGAUCAUGUGUUUCUCUGAUAACACCUAUUGUGUUGCUCCUGCAGAAAGAAACAGUCCUGUCAGCUUCUUCAGAACCCCUAAACUGGAGGCCAUGGCGUUCCCGGUGCAGUUUCCUACUGGUCAGAACACGCUGGACGAACACAGACGUAUUAAAGUCACACCCAGUGGUUAUUUCAAGGCUAGACUUUUUAACACAGAUGAUCGCUUUGCUAGAGACCCAACAUAUCUGUUUUUUGCCCAGUUUGUGACUGAGAUCCACCUAGCCAACUCCAGCAUGAUGGUACAGCUGAGAAAAGGUAAAACUCUGACUAGAGAUGGACGUAGGAUAACCUCAGCUAUGUUGCAGGACAAACAAGAGGUGGAGAGACUUGUGAGGAAUAAAGAUGCCAUCAGGUUCAUGCAGCCCCUGAGAGGAACUCCAGCCUACUGGCACAAAACCACCAGAGACCUGUAUGCCAUGAUUCGCCAGUUAGGAACGCCAACGUUCUUCUGUACAUUUUCAGCAGCAGAGAUGAGGUGGCCUGAAGUCAUUACAGCUGUUAAGAGACAACAGGGUGAACAGGUUGACUUUGAAGCUCUAGACUGGUCAGAAAAGUGUGAGAUCCUCAGAUCCAAUCCAGUGUGUGUGAUGAGGCUUUUUGACAAACGGGUUGAAUGUCUUUUCAGAGACUUGUUGUGUUCAGAUGCUCAGCCUUUAGGAAAGGUCAUUGACUUCUUUUACAGAGUAGAGUUCCAGCACAGAGGGAGUCCCCACAUACACAUGAUGCUCUGGAUUGAUCAGGCCCCACAGGUAGAAGUAAACAGUGAUCAGACUGUGUGUGAUUUUGUUGACAGGUACAUCUCAGCCCAACUUCCUGACCCAAACACACAACCAGAACUGUACAAGAAGGUGACAGAGGUGCAGAAACACAGCAGGAACCACACUAGAACUUGUUUCAAGAGCGUGAACUCUGGGUGCAGGUUUGGUUUUCCUAAACCACCAUGUAGACAAACCAUGAUAACAAGACCUGAUGAAGAUGACCACACCAGUGCUGCAAAGGAGAAACUCAGACCUCUGUACCAGCUCCUGAUCGACCCUCAAACUGCUUCUAUGACCUUGGACCAGCUCCUGGCUCAAUGCAACUUGACGAUGGCAGAGUAUGAAGGCUACCUCCACAGCAUGACCAGAAAAACGGCCUUGGUUCUGAAACGUCAGCCCAAAGACUCGUGGAUAAACAAUUACAAUCCACAUCUGCUUGAAGCCUGGGACAGCAACAUCGACGUGUCCUACAUCCUCAACGCUUACUCCUGCAUCGAGUAUCUGACCAAGUACAUCACCAAAAAGGAGAGCGGCCUGUCUGACUAUCUGAAAACUGUGAUGGAUAAUGCUCACAUGGACCGGGUGAACGAGUGUGAUGAGAUGAGAGCGCUCAUGCAGGCUUAUUCCAAAAAGAGAGAGAUUAGUGCUCAGGAGUGUGUUACGCGUGCUUGUGGUUUACACAUGAAAAAAGGUUCUCGUACAGUUGUGUUUGUACCUACAGAUGACAACCCAGUCCGCAUGAGUCGACCUCUCUCGUUCCUGGAGAACACCACAGACGACUGCUGCAACAUCUGGAUGACCAGUCUGAGUGACAAAUACAAAGCCAGACCGGAGACAGCGGAGUACGAGGGAAUGUGUUUGGCUGAUUUUGCUUCAACAUGCAGGUUUGUCAGUGCUAACAAGUCAAAGAGUAAGAAUGUUUUACCGCUCCUCAAUGACUUGGGGUUUGUGCAGAGACGGCGAAAGGACAAAGCAGCUGUCAUCAGAUAUUACCACUGUUCACAGGAGAAACACCCAGAGCAGUUUUACGGUAGACUUCUGAAACUGUAUGUUCCUCAUCGCUCAGACUCAGAACUGAAGUCAGAGCACUUCCCAACCUAUCAGUCCUUCUACCAGUCUGGCGUGUCGUAUCUGCCGGGAUCCGAAGAGUAUGAGUUUGUGAUUGACAUUGUCAAACGAAACAGAAAGAGGUAUGAGAAGAACAGUGAGGAGAUCGAGAGCGCUCUGCUGGAGUUUGAAGACAACGGAGAUCAGGCGGUUGAUGAAUGGUGUAAUCUUGCUCCUGAAUCUGAUGUUGUGAGGGUGCAGUGUGAUGAUGACUUGCAGGCAGAUGAGGCUGACAACGAACAGGAAAACGUCCCAGACUACAACCCUCAGUCUAACGCUGGAACAGAAGUCAGAGCCUUCAGAGUGCCUCCAUCCAUGGACCCUGCAGUUCUACGUGGUAUGUAUCAGAACCUGAACCAGAAGCAGGCCUGUGUGUUCUAUGCAGUCAGAGACUGGUGCAUCAAACGUGUGUGUCAACUGGAUCCAGAGCCGUUCUUCCUUUAUGUUAACGGUGGUGCAGGAACAGGUAAAUCUCAUCUGAUCAAAUGCAUUUACUCAGAAGCCUCUAAGAUCCUGAGGAAACUACCAGCACGUGCAGAGGAGGCCGACAUCUCAAACCCAACUGUCUUGCUCACUGCUUUUACUGGUACCGCUGCCUUCAACAUCUGUGGAACAACCCUCCACUCUCUCCUGAAGCUGCCUAGAAGCCUGAAACCUCCUAUCUGUGGACUUGGUAACCAGCUGGAUGAGGUCAGAGCUGAGCUUUUCAACGCUGAAAUCAUGAUUAUUGAUGAGAUUUCAAUGGUGUCCAGGCCUCUGUUUGCUUAUGUAGAUGCAAGGCUGAAACAGAUCAAAGGCAGUCAGAAACCCUUUGGAGGAAUGUCAGUUUUAGCCGUUGGAGAUUUCUAUCAGCUGCCACCAGUGAGACAGUCUAAACCCCUGUGUGUGUUUCAACCGUCAGACAUUGACCUGUGGUGGCAACAUUUCCAGGUGGUCACUCUGACAGACAUCAUGCGGCAGAAAGACGACGUUGCCUUUGCAGAGCUGCUGAACAGACUUCGGGUGAAGGAAAAGACGGAGGAGUUGUCACAGGAAGACAGAGAUUUGUUGUCUCAGACUAUCACUGAUGCUUCUCGUUGUCCCACUGAUGUUCUGCACAUUUUUGCCACCAACAAGCAGGUCGAUGAACACAACUGUGCAACACUCACUCUGCUCCACCCAGACGUGAUCAGCAUCGACGCAGACGACUUCCAGAAAGACCCACAAACAGGCAGAAUGACCCGACAGGACAAACCAGGUAAAGGAGGCAGAAACGAGUUGGCAGACACUCUGAAGGUCGCUGAGGGAGUUCGAGUCAUGCUCACCAGAAACAUUGACAUCCAGAACGGCCUGGUCAACGGUGCAUUUGGUAAGCUGCUGAGAGUGGUAAGUUCUGGAAACGACCAACACAUCAUCAAACUUGGUCUCAGAAUGGACAACCAGGUGAGAAACAACCAGACUGGAGCUGCAGAUGACCUGGUCUACAUCGAGAGAGCAGAGGAGAACCUGAAACAGAGGAGGGUGGUCCGAAGACAGUUUCCUGUAAGACUAGCCUUUGCCUGCACUGUGCACAAGACUCAGGGCCUCACGACCAGUGCUGCUGUGGUGUCACUGAAGAACAUCUUUGAACCAGGUAUGGCUUACGUAGCUCUCAGCAGGGUGACGGCUCUCAGUGGACUGUAUCUACUGGACAUGGACGAGAGGAAGAUCUAUGCCAACCCAGAAAUCACUGCAGCUCUGCACACCAUGAGACCAGCACGGGUAGACCACACAAUGCCUCUUCUGCAGGUGAGAGAAGCAGUGAGCAGACCCCACACUCUGACUAUUGUCCACCACAACACAGAGGGACUUGCAUCUCACAUCAGCGACAUCAGGAGUCAUCAUGAAAUGUGUCUAGCAGAUGUUUUGUGUCUCACUGAAACCCACCUGCAAGGCUCCUCUGUUGCAGAAAGUCUCCAGCUGGACGGCUACGCCAUGUUCAGACGUAACAGACACGUGUCCUACACUAACCUUCCUCACAUGGCUAGCAGAGGUGGAGGAGGAGUUGCUGUUUAUGUCAGAAACUACAUCCAGGUCCAACACAAACAGUAUUUACACAAUGUGACUGAUCUUGAGUUUGUGGUUUUGAAGCUUCAGGCUCCGUUCCAGGCUCUGAUAGCAGCUGUCUACAGACCUCCAGACUACAGUGUCUCAGUAUUCCUGCAGAACCUGGUAAGUCUUCUGGACUCUCUGGAGGUGAUGGACUGUCAUCCAAUCAUUGUGUCAGGUGACUUCAAUGAGAAUCAGCUGCUCAUGGUACGAAAGCCCAUUGUGGAGAUGUUUCAGUCUAGAGGGUACAAACAACUGAUCACUUCUGCCACCACAGAGAAGAACACGCUGCUCGACCUCAUUUUCAUUUCUCAGCCACAGCCAUGUCUCAGUUCUGGUGUCAUGAGGACCUACCACAGCUACCACAACCCUGUUUUCUGUGUCCUGUCCUUCAGCCAGACGUGAACAAGUCAGGUGAGCUUUAAAUGUGCUGAAAUAUGAGACCAAACUGUGUUUGUGCUGCAGGAAGGAAGACCGUAAAUGUGAGUAUUUGGGAUCUAAACGCUGAACUUGUUUGAACUGCUGGUAUCAUGUUUGUAAAAUACUUCAACAAAAGACACAAAGGGAACAAAAGAUUUAUUCUGCUCAGUCAUAAAUAUAUUUUUACAAGUCAAUUUAAUAUAAUAAAUUUUACAGAUUAUGUUUUUUAAGAGUAUCAAAUAUAUUCUGAUUUUUAUUGCAGAUCAUUGUUUUAUUAGAUAAUCCAACAUUCUAUUUAAUUUUUUUAGAUGUUAUCCAUAAUGACAAAACAUAAGAAGUAAUAAUAUAAGGAUAAUUAUGAAUUGAAGCCAACUAAAUAUGUAUUUUUUAAUAGACAAACAUACUCAGAUUAAUAUUUUUUACUGAUAAUUAUGUUUUAUUAGAUAAUCAAACAUUAUAAUUAAUAAUGUUUCAUUGAGCAGAUAAUGUUAAACAUACUUGAUUUUAAUAUUAGACUACAAUCAAAUCCGUUUAAAUUUAAUAAUGUUUUAAUAGAGAAUCAAAACAAUCAGGUGAAUAUCUUUUCCAGAUAAUCAUGUUGAUACAGAACUGUGAGCUCGUUGGUUCUGUGCAUUUAUCCGGGUGGGUCUGGGAUAGGGAGGAUAAAUGCACAGAACCAACGGUUGAAUACAAGCUAGAUGACAUUUACUGCAGCAGGACAACAUCAGAAGUCUGGAAAGCACAUGGACCCCAGACUUCUGAUGUCCCACCAACACAGACAGCAGCCCACACUAGGGAAGAGGGGGUGGGGGGUUAUCCGGGAGGGGAGUGGGGGGGCAUACUAUGUAGAUGUAUUUCCUUCUGGAUGUUUUUUUUUUCCAACUAUCUGAAAUAUCUGGGUUGUUGACAUGUUCUCCUGUGAGAACGUCUAGCUUCACUAAGUGCAGCUGCAGCAGCGACUGCACACUUUUCACCAUCUUGAUCAAGAUCUGAUCCAAACUAGACCACAGUUGUUGGACCACAGAGAAAGGCUCUAGGUCCUGCCCUCUCAGUCCUCCUUCAAAGCAGAAGAUGAGCUGGAACCCUCCAGCCUUCACCUGGGAGCAGAGACACAACACAGCCUAACAAGAACAGAGAAGAACAUCACUGCUGGACCACAUGAGCUCCUCCAACAGAGUCAGAAGGUUCUUCACAGCACUGCUGAGACCUUCAGUCCUGACCUGGUACCUCUUCUCAAGUCUUCCUAACCAAAUGGGAGUGAAGAUUCUCUGGACAGCAGAUGUGUCCUGCAGCACUGUUGAAGACAUGGUGCUGCAGGGAAACCAUCGUCUUCACACUGUUCUAGUCGUCUCUGUUCUGGAUCAGAACCUCCAAACAAGGCUGAAAGAUCUUCAUUCAAACAAGCUCAAGGAGGCAUCAGCUCAUCAUCUGAAAGUGGAAACGGUCACAUGGUGAACAUUCUUUGGAUCUUUGAUUUGAGCCUCUACAGACAAAAUCAUGAACAGAAAACUAAACAGUUAUGGAUAUUUCAGAGGUUUUUUCUUUGAAGACUGUUGGAAAUUGUAGAAGCUGGAAUCACAUGUUUGUUAUCAUACUUGAUCACAUUAUGGAUGAAAUCUGAAUGUGUCUGAGACUCUAGAGUGAA